GGGGUGGGAGUUUCUUUCGCUGCUCGCUCCUUUUUUCUUCUUGGCCUCCUUCCUCGCUGCAACCCUCUAAUUGGAGCCAGACCCCGCGCCGACCACGUCUCCAGUUUGGGCAAAGGGGGGCGGCGGGCGGCCGGGCCAGGGGAAGACGGGCCGGAGCAGGCAGCGGGCGAGCCACCGACCCAGCCAGCCACCGGUGGACCCUGACCCUGAUCCCAGCGGCCGCGGCCCCGCAGCCAGCCAGCCAACGACCUCCUCGGGCCCGGCGGAGGCGAGAUGUGUCGGGGGGCCGCCCUGCUGCGCCUGCUGCCCGUCGCCGUGGCCUUGGGCGCCCUCCUGCAGCCCGGCUGCUCCAGCGCCCGCUUCAGCCCGGAGGCCUGGCUGCAGCAAUAUGGCUACCUGCCCCCCGGAGACCUUCGCACGCACACUCAACGCUCUCCUCAAUCGCUUUCGGCCGCCAUUGCGGCAAUGCAGCGGUUCUAUGGUCUCCAGGUGACGGGCACAGCAGACUCUGAGACCUUGAAAGCUAUGAAGAAGCCCCGUUGUGGUGUUCCGGAUAAAUUUGGAGCAGAGAUCAAGGUCAAUGUGCGGCGCAAGCGCUACGCCAUCCAAGGGCUAAAAUGGUCACACAACGAUAUCAGUUUUUGCAUCCAAAACUACACACCCAAGGUGGGCGAGCAGGCAACAUUCAGUGCCAUCCGGCGUGCCUUUAAUGUGUGGCAGUCGGUGACGCCGCUGCGCUUCCGUGAAGUGCCCUACUCAGCUGUGCGCGAUGGCCAUGAACCGCAGGCUGACAUCAUGAUCUUCUUUGCCGAGGGUUUCCACGGGGACAGCACACCCUUUGAUGGCGAAGGAGGCUUCUUGGCGCAUGCUUAUUUCCCUGGGCCGCACAUAGGUGGUGAUACCCACUUCGAUGCUGCGGAGCCGUGGACAUCGCGCAAUGAUGAUUAUACCGGAAAUAAUAUUUUCCUGGUAGCUGUGCACGAGCUUGGCCAUGCGCUGGGCUUGGAACAUUCAAAUGAUCCCUCGGCUAUCAUGGCACCUUUCUACCAAUGGAUGGACACCGAAAACUUCGAGCUGCCUGAGGAUGACCGACGAGGCAUACAGCAACUAUACAGAACUGAAAGCAGUUUACCCAGUAAACCUCCACCAGUUCCCCGGACUACUGCGAAGCCCAGCAGCCCAGACCGGCCACCCCACAACCCACCAUUUGGCCCCAACAUCUGUGAUGGAAAAUUCGACACCAUUGGUGUUUUGCGGGGCGAGACGUUUGUUUUCAAGGAUAAAUGGUUUUGGCGAGUCCGGAACAACCGUGUGAUGGAGGGAUACCCUCUACCCAUUGGCCAGUUCUGGGUCGGCCUCCCCUCAACAAUCAACACAGCUUACGAAAGGAAGGACGGGAAAUUUGUAUUCUUUAAAGGCGACAAGUACUGGGUUUUCAACGAAGCCUCUUUGGAUCCUGGAUACCCCAAACACAUUAAAGAACUGGGCAGAGGGCUUCCCACAGACCGGAUUGAUGCUGCUCUUUUCUGGGUGCCAACCGGGAAAACGUACUUUUUCCGGGGAAAUAAGUACUAUCGCUUCAACGAGGAGACCCGGUCUGUUGACGCCGAUUACCCCAAGAACAUUGAUGUCUGGGAAGGGAUCCCUGAAUCACCCCGGGGGGCAUUUAUGGGCAUCGACGAGGUUUUCACCUACUUUUACAAGGGGGACCGUUACUGGAAAUUCAGCAACGAGAAGCUGAAGGUCGAGCCAGGAUAUCCCAAAUCGGUGCUCCGGGACUGGAUGGGAUGUACCUCAGGGGGCCGCCAGGACGACACAGAAGUCAUCAUCAUAGCAGUGGACGAUGCAGGCGAAGGGUCGGUGAAUGCGGCCGCAGUGGUGUUGCCGGUCCUGCUACUUCUCGCCAUCUUCGCCUUGGCGGUCGCCAUAUUGAUCUUCAAACGCUACGGCACACCCAAGAGGCUGUUGUACUGCCAGCGCUCCCUGCUGGACAAGGUGUGACAGGGCAGAUGUCUGACCUGGGCUAGGGGCGCGGGACACUCCUCUCUCCCUGCUGUUUGCCAUAAACCUCUCCUCCCUCCUCCUGCGCUCCUUCCUUGAAUCCCCGUUUUUUAGUUGCCGCUGACUCUGCCGUUCCUUGCUGCCGCCUGCCUCCUUCCUUUCUUCCACCCUUCCCCGUCUGUGCCCUCUGUCCUUUUAUGCUACUUUUUCUUACACUUUUCCUAGCCUUUCUUCUACUCCCCCUGCCCUGCUGUCUUUUCCUUCCAAAUCUCCUUCCCUCUCCUUCUACUUCUCACCUUCCCUUUUCAUGUUUCCUCCCAAUCUCUAUGCAGUGAGUGUGCUGAGCAUGCUCCUUAACGUAAGGCCAAAGAGGACCUCCAUGAUGGUUUUCGUUCUACCAGCCCCACUGUAGCCUUCCCACUUUGGGGCAUACCUUGACCUAGAAAAGACUUCGCUUUGACCCUUCAACUGGUCCAUUGGAGUACUCUGACACUGCAGAUUCCCACAGUUUCCCUCUUGCCCCUGGUGGGAUCAGGGGUUAAUUGUCGUAACCAUCUGACUGAAACAUCCGUUGCGUCUGCGCACCCUGCCCCAGUAUUCUCUUUUUGUGCUUUUCUUUCGGGGGGGGGGGCUGGUAAUUGAAGAUGGGCAUGGGCAUGCUCAUUCUGGUUCACUGAAUAAAUGAGGGGCGUGUCUUCAAGAACGGCACCUAUGAGGACAGGAGAGACACGGUUUUGCAUGACGGUGGGCGGAGCUACGCUUUUGAAAGAGGGAAGCUGAAGCCUUCCAGGGGCAGAGGACCCAAUGAAGCAUUCACAAUAUUCCAGAGGGCACUAUAUCAUUCCAUUGGGCUUGGCUUGAAUAGGAAUGGGGGCAUUGGCUGACCAAUAGAAACACAGAUGUAGAUUACCCAGUAAGGAGCAGAAGAGAGGAGUGUUGGUGGAACACAACCGGUGGAGUCUAAAACGUGGGGCGUGGCCUAAGUGAGCAUCCUUCUUGAAGACGGACAUCUUAAAAGGGCCAACCUUGGUCUGGGGUGGGGAGAGAGAAACAAGCAUCUCUACAGAGCACAACUGGCCCCUGGGAACCCUGCAUGUUAUAGGGGAUGAGACGAGUUGGAGUGAAGGGAGGAUGGAAGCAUUGUUUUGGUUGCCUGGAGGAGUAGGUAGUUGUAGAAAAUGGAAUGGGAUAGGGUUGGCGGUGGGCACUGGGUUCAGAUUUUGGCAAUCCGGUUCACAUAACUUUGCAUAAGUGUUUACUCCAAAAUCUGAUUAUACUUGCAUAAAGUUUACAGUCGUCACUUCUAAUCCAAUUUGGAUUCUACAAAGUUAAAGGGAUAGCAAUUUGCAAAAAAAAAAGAAGGGAAAAUGAGAUUGUACCAAAGAACUGCCUUAUCCUCUUUUCCUGGGGAAAAUUACAAUUUUUUUUGUUGACUAUGUAAUUUUUAAUUAUUCUAUAGAAAUACCUUUAAAAAAAAUAAAAUAAAAAUAGUGCAUUAACAGGGUGGGAAAAAUAGAAUGGGAGUUAGAGCUGAACCUCAAAAUCCUGCAGGCUGGGAAUAGGGGGUUUAAACUCUCUCUCUUGUUCGGACCAUUUUUAACUGGGUGGGAGGGUAAUGUCGAGGUUGGGUUUUCAGAUGGUCUCCAAACGGAAUUAAACUGCGUUUAACGAUACAUUUGUGUUUGUGGGUGGGUUUUAAUAAUUAUGUUUCACUUUUAUUAUUAUUAUUAUUAUUGUUAUUAUUUUCUUGUUAAUAAUAAAUACCCAUUCUUUGGGAGGGGUCUAUACAUACAUUGCCGGGAGCCUACAGGCUAUUAAAUUCUGUUAUUCCUUUGUUUAGCAAUAAAAACCCCAUUUCUGGGUGGAAAUGGAAUCAAAAUUCUGGGAGUUUUUCAAGAUUUCUGUUUUUCUUUCCCCCCACCCUACACAAGUUGUUCAGAACUAUUUUGUUAUUAAAAAGAAUCGCUAGAGAAUUUUUUUAAAAAAAUAAAUGCUGGAAUUUCC